UACUGCGCUGGAUGGAUUGCUUCGGUUUGGCAACAUAGAAACGGGGAGAAAAAUGCAGUAUUCAAUUGAGCCGAGAUGCUGAUGAAGAAAAGUUCAAGUCCAUCACAGAAUCGAGACUCCUCCCACCAUGAGCACAACUUUUGGAAAGUGGAAGAGAAAAAAAAAGAAAAGGCUUCCUCUCGCGAUAGUACCUUGCUUAUACAGCCGCCAUAUUGUGUGACAGUAUUAUGAUUCGUAUCUACUGGAAGUGAGGAAAAAGAGAAAAGUGAAGGGCUGUCGAGGGGAGGGGAGGGGGGCUAAAAGAAGAAGAGCUGUCAAAAAGGUAUUGCCGUGUCUGUCUCAAAGCGGAGGGCUGGGGCUCGCUUCCCCCCCCCCCUCCCCCGGCCCCCCCCCUCCCCGAGCGUUAUUUCGAGGACACAUUAAGGCCCGGGGCCUCGGAAGCAACUUCGCUUUUCGUCUGCCCGAUACUGGUCGGACCUUUCCCGGGUUCUCCUGUGCCAGCGCCCCGGCCCUCUGGAGGUCCGGCGGCGUUCAGGGCUGUCGAACGCGACCAGAGGAGAGGCGGCGGAGACGGCGAAAGUCCAAGAAGACUUUCAAGAUGAAGGUUUUUUGCUGCUGCAACUAAUGCCAGAGUGCGCCGACGACAAAAAGUAGUCCUGACCUGGCAACAUACGAAUGGCCCAGGGAAGCCACCAGAUUGACAUUCAGGUUUUGCAUGACCUGCGCCAGAAGUUCCCUGAAGUCCCAGAGGGGGUGGUGUCCCAGUGUGUUCUGCAGAAUAACAACAAUUUGGACGCGUGCUGCGAAUAUUUGUCCCAGGUCAGUCCGGGCUACUUGUACAGCGAGGAGGGAAAGGUCCACUUUUCUGACGCCGCCGGCUUGAGCGGGCUGCGUAAUCACAUGACCCAGCUGAACCUGGGCCCGCCGUCUCAGAAUGUGCACGCGGGCCCGGCGCGGGACGGCCUGAGGAUGAACGGCGGCCGCACGCUGGCCCACAGCCUGAGCGAAGGGCCCCUGCAGACGGGCCAGGCGCCCGACGCCAACUUCUUCCGGCGGGCGCCGCAGUCGGCUCCGGCCGAAGGGGCGCCCGGCCUCGGCGCUUUCGGCGCCGCCGAGCCCUCGCGCAAACCGCAGCCCCCGCAGCACCUGGGACUCUACCCCCUGGCCGUCAAAGCGACGGGCGGGGGUCCGCAGCAGGCGCCGCGUUUCAACCCCAUCACCGUCACGCUGGCGCCUCACAUUCAGACGGGCCGCAACACGCCGACGUCUUUGCACAUCCACGGCGGGCCGCAGUCGGGUCUGAGCAGUCCGCAGGGGAACUCCAUCUACAUUCGGCCCUACGUGAGCCAGUGCGCGAGCGGCCGGGCCGGCCCGCCGCAGGGGGGCAGGGCCCAGUACAGCCCCACCUCUCAGCCUCAGCAGCAGCUCUAUCAGAUCUGCCACCCUUCAGCCUCGUCGGGGCCGUGGUGCGGCCCUCAGCCGUCCUCGUCCGCGCACACCUCGCAGCAUCACGGCCAGGGCCACCGCACGUCUCACGUCUACAUGCCCAUCAGCUCGCCCACCAAUUCGCAGGCACCCUCCGCGUUCCCCUGCGGAAGCCAGCCGUCCUCAUCCGGCGUCUCGUCUUCAUGCUCGUCGUCCUCGUCGUCGUCGUCGUCCUCCUCCUCCGUCAUGCCCACCUCGCUCUCCGCCGUCAGCCAGUACAACAUCCAGAACAUCUCCACCGGCCCGCGCAAGAACCAGAUCGAGAUCAAGCUCGAAUCCCCCCAGAGGAGCAACUCGGCCACCGCGACCGCCGUGCUGCGAACGGGCGGCGGGUCCCGUUCGGCGUCCGCCUCCUCUUCCUGCCCUUCGUCCUCCUCGGCCGGGGCCCCCGCCGUCCCCAGCGCGCCGCUCUCCAUCGGGGGCUCGGGUCUGAGCCGCAGCCAGCCCACCGUGUACAUCUCGGCGAGCCCGCCGGCCGCCGCCGCCGCUCCCGCGCCCUCCGAGGAGGCCGCAUCCCGCUGCCAGCCCAAGUUUUACAUUUCGGCCAAUUCCUCGGCCGAUGACGGCGGCGCUCGGAACCCUCCCACAGUCUACAUCUCAGCUAACCCUCCGUUGCAGGGGCCGGCGGGCGCCAGGAACGUUGGGGGCCAGGUGAGCAUGGGCCCCGCCUACAUCCACCACCAUCCGCCCAAAUCCCGGGCCUCGGUGGGAGUGGGGAGCGCCGCCUCCUCGCCACGCGUGGUGGUGACUCAGCCCAACACCAAAUAUACUUUUAAAAUCACUGUGUCCCCCAACAAGCCCCCGGCCGUGUCCCCCGGGGUCGUGUCCCCGACCUUUGAGCCCAACAAUCUCCUCGGCCUCCCGCCGGAGCAUCACUUUGCCGAGCCGGACCCCCUCCAUCUCUCGGACCCGCUUUCACCGGCCGGCGAGAGAGCCGGCGAGCCGCGCCGACUCAGCGUGGGCUCCGACGAUGCCGCGUACACGCAAGCGUUGUUGGUCCAUCAGAAGGCCCGCAUGGAGCGGCUGUGGCACGAACUGGAGCUCAAGAAAAAGAAGCUGGAGAAGCUAAAAGAGGAGGUCAACGAGAUGGAGAACGACCUGACCAGGAGACGACUGGAGAGAUCAAACUCGGCCUCCCAAAUCCCUUCGAUGGAGGAGAUGAAGCAGUUGCGAUGCAAAAACCGCUUACUCCAAAUCGACAUCGACUGCCUCACCAAAGAAAUUGAUCUCCUGCAAAAAAGAGACAGUCCGAGUUUGGCGGAGCAGGAGGAAGACGAGGGCACGCAGUGGAGCUGCACGGGCUGCACCUUCCUCAACCACCCAGCCCUCAACCGCUGUGAAGAGUGCGACCUCCUACGGGACUUCUGAGCCAGAGAGGCAGCCACGCGUCCCUCCGCCUGCUUAUCUCGCGCGCUUGAAUCGGAGAAAAUAACACGGGCGCUGGGAUUCUUUCCCUCGUUGGAUGAAACCUGGGAUGGCUUCUAAUCCGGCCUCUUUUGUUUGUUUGUUUUUUUUUUUUCUGACCCCACUCAAGUUUGCGGAAUGCUGUCCUCCUGAAGCUUUGACUGGAUACCGUUUACAGCUUGUGUUUUUUUUCCUCAAGGCAGGCACCGGUGGAUAAUACCUCACGUUAGACACUCGGAUCGUGUGGGGUCCUUUUUUUUUUUUUCUUUUUUCUUCCCCCGCUCAAGGUCCCCCUUCCCUCAGAGGGAGGCAGGGGGGGAUACCUCGCUGCUCCCACUCACUCACAGUAUUAUGAGCGUGACCCCUCGCAGUGUCACAUCCUCACCGCAGGCGCCGACGUGACGUGUCUUUUGCCCAACGGAGUCCCUCCCCGCCACCCCCACCCCCCGGUGGCUUGGCGCGGGGAUUUGGCAAUGUCGGGACGCAGCGCUCCAUCUGAAGGGAAGACCAACGGACUACUCAUGGACCCGAUUUGCUGUUUCUAGAGGAUGCUAAAGGGCAAUCUGGCAGCCUCGCUGCCUCCGAAACGUGCCUCAUACCCGUCUUGUUUUUCAAUAUUCCUUCCCUUUGACUUCAAAAAUGAAAAAAAAAAUGCAUGCUUUGUGUACAGAAAGUGCCUUUUUACUGUACAUAAUUUUCGAAUGCGCCUUCUUCCUCACACUAUGAAUCACCUUUAUUUCCUGUAAGUAUAGCGAGCGACUUUAUUACUUGUUGAGUUUCCCUCUUAUUUCAUUGGAUAAGUGACACGCCCAGCCCCCCCCCCCUUUGUAAGCAUGUCGGUUGAUUUCUGCGAGACUUUGAGAGCACGAAAGAAUCUCUCAGUCAUCAGAAAGCGCCACCUGCCGCGGGUUCGUCGACACUCGCGUCACUGCUUGCGGUUUCGUGGACCGUCUGCGGAGGAGGCAAAGCGGCGCCCCACCCACCCCGGCCCCCUUCCCACAACACCGAAAAUGUCGGAAAUCACAAUUACGAUCUGCUUUUUUUUUUUUUUUUAUCUGACAACUGGAAUGUGGGUUUAAUAUUUGGGGACAGCAACCCCACCUCAGUGCAAAAAGACAUUUCCAGUAUAAUCGUCACAUCGGAGUUCCUUGGAACAGUUCACGAAAUUGUCCUGUUUGUUAUUAUGCUUUUUUUUUUUUUUUUUUUUUUUUUUUUUGAGGUACUGAGGUUCAUAGUGAAUAUGUCAAAAGUGUCCUGAAUAAAGGUCCGAAUUUUUACAUUGAGGGAAACUAUAAAAAGCACAACUUGACUGUU